GUUGAGUUUUUAUUUACAGCAAAACCUCGACAGACACGACAGUGGCGGGCAGCCGGUUCCUUGAUAAAUUGGUAGAUUCCGACUCUGUUUUGCGUAUGCAUCGAGUGAGCCUGACCAGCUGACCACAUAGUAAAACUACUACAGACUGUCGUAUACGUCGAGGUUCGAUCCGAGAUGGCACAGACGGUAGAACCUAAACGGAGACGUGGGAAACUCACAUUGGUACUGGUAAUUUUCCAAAUUAUAUUUCUCGUUCUGUUUGGUAUUUUUGUUGAGUACGGCGAGGAUUCCGAUGCGAAGGCCGAACAGAACAACUUGGAACACGGGAAUGGUGGUGCCGAUGCCAUGGAUAACCGAUUGGGAUAUUAUUACCCAAUGUUUCAAGAUGUCCAUGUGAUGAUUUUUAUCGGUUUCGGUUUUUUGAUGACGUUCCUCAAGAGAUAUGGCUUUGGAAGUGUCGGUUACAACUUUUUACUUGCCGCUUUCGUUAUCCAAUGGGCGACCUUAAUGCAAGGAUUCUUGCAUUUACAUCAUGGCAAGAUACAGGUUGGAGUGGAGACGAUGUUGACGUCAGACUUUGCAGCAGCUGCUGUCUUGAUAUCAUUCGGUGCACUUUUGGGCAAAGUGUCUCACCUCCAACUCAUCAUCCUGGGAUUUGUAGAGAUCAUCUUCUUCUCUGUAAACGAAUAUGUGGGUGCUGGCUACUUCCAAACUGCUGACGUUGGUGGCUCUAUGUUUGUGCACGUAUUCGGAGCAUAUUUUGGUCUGGCCGCAUCCAGAGUUCUGAACAAGAAAAGUUGGGAGGGCAGUUCAAAGGAAGGCAGUGUUUACCACUCAGAUUUGUUCGCCAUGAUCGGCACUGUAUUCCUGUGGAUGUUUUGGCCAAGUUUUAACAGUGCGCUAGCCCCUGGUGAUGACCAACACAGGGCUGUCAUCAAUACGUACUACGCCUUGGCGUCUUGUUGUGUUACAACCUUUGCUGUAUCUGCCAUGGUGUCUAAGGAAAACAAGCUGGAUAUGGUUCAUAUCCAAAACUCAACACUAGCUGGCGGUGUUGCUGUAGGCACAUGCGCUAACAUGAUGAUACAACCCUGGGGUGCCAUGGUGAUUGGAGUCGUUGCUGGCACCCUCUCUGUUGUGGGAUAUAAAUGGAUUUCUCCAUUCCUGUUGUCCAAAGUUCACCUGCAUGACACAUGUGGGGUCAAUAACUUGCACGGCAUGCCAGGAAUACUGGCUGCUAUCGCCGGAGCCAUUGCCGCUGCUACAGCAGAGACAAGUAACUAUGGUUACGGUUUAUAUGAGGUUUUCCCAGCAAGAGCUCCUCUGGUUAACAGUACAGCCUUGGAUACAAUCCUGGAUGACUUCACGGUUGAUGCUGGGUCUGGUCGCACUGCUGGGAUGCAAGCUGGAUUCCAAUUGGUUGCCUUGGUGAUAACAUUAGCCAUCGCUAUCAUAUCUGGAAUGCUGACAGGUCUACUCCUGAAGAUACCAAUCCUGGAUCAACUCACACCUGAUGAAUUAUAUGAUGACAAUAACUUCUGGGAGGUCCCAGAAGAGGAUACUCACUAUGUCAAAGUUCAAGUUGAUGAUCAAAUGAAAGGUUCAAUGGAUGAACUCAAUGGUGCUACAAACAAAACUGAAAAAGACACAAAGAUGUGAAAUUGAUGGUCAUACUGAUACAGGGAGAUUUUUAGUUGAUAUGUAGUUGUAUUUGUAUUACAUUCUGAAGUUCUAACGGUUUUAUGCACUUAAAUUUAUUCAUGUAUUUAUACAACUAACUGCCAUGUUUCGAAAGAUGAACAUGUG